CACCUUGUCCGGCGUCUGUGAUGGAGAUCUGUAACCGAAUCAUGACGUCAUUAAACAUAGACUGGAACCGCGUGACGUGGCGCGAUCUCCUUAAACCGCUGUACUCCGGUCUAGCGGCCUCCCUGUACGUGCAGAUAGUGCGUGGUCCCAACUUGCCUGGCGAUAUCGCCGCUCAGGGGCUCAUAUGGAAAACUAUUUAUAGCCCACGUGAGCCCGUGAGCACGUUUGUGAGGACAGCGAAUUUAAGUGAUUCCUGUAGCGCGGAGCUGGAUCUGGUGUUUAUCGUGGACACGUCUGGAAGUAUCGGCCCUCUCAACUUUGAAAAGGUUCGCGACUUUCUUACACUCGUUGUCAGGGGACUACAAAUCGGCGCUGAUCACGUGCGCGUGGGAACAGUCAGCUUCAGCUCGUUUCCGUACCUCGACUUCCGCCUGACGACACACCACACCGAGGCUGGGGUGAUAAAGGGAAUUAACUCUAUCAUGUACGACGCAGGAGGAACGGACACGGCGCUGGGAAUCAACAUGGCGGUCAACGACGUUUUCUCCGAGAAUUAUGGGAUGCGUAGAGGAUCUGCUAAAGUUGCCUUGCUUGUGACAGACGGGAUGUCGUACGAUACGGACGCGACGGUGGCGGCAGCCCAGCGCGCUAAGAAUGCUGGGAUUGUGUUCUUUACGAUCGGAGUGGGUAGUGUGAACGUCAACGAGCUACAAGCAGUGGCAACCUCGCCGAACUGUACGCACGUGUUUCUGAUGGAGAAUUUCACGGAAAUACAGACCGUUCUACAUGAGAUCAGAAAGAGUGCAUGCAGAGCUCAAAUACGGCAUAUCUUAGAGAAACAGGUAAACGUCAGUAAAUCUCUUCCGUUUAAUAAGACGACCGUCAGCAUCAACAUCAACAACAACACUAACGUGGCCAACAACGAGACGACCGUGACGGUGUUGACAACAGUUAACUGCGGAGUUGUGCGUAUUUACGCCUCGUACGAAACGACGCAUCCGGGUCCCGCAUUUCACGAAAUAACGGACACGGCGACGGACGGAACGCCGUCGUACCUGACGGUGAACAAGUCCGUGGAUGGACGUCCCCUCUACAUCGCCUACGUCGGCAGUAAGCUGCCGACCAACGUCAGCGGCAUCGGCGAGUGUCUGAACGCUACGAUGAAUUCAGUGAUUACAGACGGACCACCUAAAGAACAUGAAGUGCUGUGCAAAGAAAACGGAGUGGAACGGGAAUGCACGAAAGUCGAUUUUAUCACGAGCCCUUACAAAAAAUACAUGUGUGCAGACACGUUCCUGAAUGUUGAAAACCCGUGUACCUCCGAUGCCCUGACGAACACUCGACUGUUUUUCCCUCAUCCAUUCCACACGACAAAAUUCAUCAGAUGUGACUUCCUUGGCAACAUGUACAUAACGGAGUGCCCGCCCGGCACGCUGUACAACGCGGGAACAGGCACGUGUGGCUCGGAACACCGGGUGACGUCAUACGGAGAAAAGCUGGCUCUCGGGCCCACAGUUUCGAAUCCUUGCACGGGCAAAAACAUAAUGGAAGGAAAGCGCUUUUUUGAAUAUCCUCGCGACGAAACAAAAUUUAUCCACUGCGACUCGUGGGGGUAUGCCAGCUUGUUGUCCUGCCGACCUGGAGAUAUUUGGUUCCAGAACGUCCAGACGUGCUCUCGUCACGUGACCCACACGACUACCGGAACUACGCAGCCGACACAUCACGAGCUCUGCUCUACGGGGCGUGAAUUCCUUCUUCACCCCAGCGAUCCGCACAAAUACAUCCAUUGCGUGCCUGGUGGAAAUUACUUCGUCCAGUCGUGUCCGGUUCACAUGGUUUUUGAUAUCACCAUUAAUGUCUGUAUUCGAGAAAAAUACCACGGGCCAUAUAUUGGCUAGUUUGAUACCACGAGCUAUGGACUUCGCUUCGAAAUUAUGCUUAUUUUAAUACACGCAAUGUAAGAAACAUGAUUUGGCAUUAAAAUAAAAUUUGUGGAAAUUCUG